AGCUAGCUACUUUGCUAUGCUAACUGGUUGUUGUAUUAUCAGCUUUAGUAUUAACAUGAUGUGUAGUCAAUAAAUGUGUAGGUACCGGUAAUUGUACUGUUGUCAGAUUUGUAGUCGAGUGUUUUACCGAAAUCAAGAUGCAUCAUUCAAGGAUUAGUAAACUAAAGCUUUCCUGUCAUUCAGCUCACAGCUGGUCAAGUUGUCAGAACUCUCGCGAGAUUUUCUUCUUUUUUUCAACGACGGCGAGGCAGAUUCAAUUGAAAUUGGCGGGAAUGUGUGCUUCCUAAUAAGAUUCAGAGAAGUAGCAACAACUCGCCAUAUUUUAACUAUUUAGCUAACGUUAGUAACCAUAGCCAUUUUAUUAUUUUGGAAUUAACUCAACUUUCUUACCACAAACUUUGUAAACAUGCCUUGCUCAGAAGUGAUAGACGCCGCAGAAGUUUCUCCACUGAAGAGGACAAAGCCACAUGCAGUGGAAGAGAAUGUGAUAUCGGUGUUGAAGUUCUCCAAGUUGUCUGAACAUGCCACUGCUCCUACCCGGGGCUCUGCUAAAGCUGCAGGCUACGACCUGUUCAGUGCCUAUGACUACAGUAUUGGUCCUAUGGACAAGGCUAUCGUGAAGACUGACAUCCAGAUAGCAGUUCCGUCAGGCUGCUAUGGCAGAGUGGCACCACGGUCUGGCCUGGCUGCAAAACACUUCAUUGAUGUUGGGGCUGGAGUAGUGGAUGAGGACUAUAGAGGUAAUGUGGGGGUGGUGCUGUUCAACUUCAGCAAGGAAACCUUUGAAGUGAAAAAGGGGACCGUGUGGCUCACGCUGGUGUGCGAGAGGAUCUGCUACCCAGACCUACAGGAGCUAAAGACUCUGGAUGAGACCGAGCGUGGGGCUGGAGGAUUUGGCUCCACAGGCAGCAACUGAUACAUCAACAUUGUAAAUAAACCAGCUUAUUUCG